GACGUCAUCAUUUAUCAUCUCAGAAUCCCAGCAUACAGCUGCUUACACUACUACGUCCCUCAUAAUAACAAACGCUUUCCUAGAUCGAGAAGAGUAGGCUAUAUUCAAAGGCUUAUUUGAAAAUAUUACAAGUUUUGAGAAUUUAGAGAAAACGUAACUAAGUAGCAGGGAAGUGAGAAUCUAGUCUGAAAUAUGUGAGGACUGAGUGUUAUGUAGGCUUAGGCUGGGUUUUUGAGGGUUUUACUAGAUUUUGGAAUAACCGGUUAGUAGCUGGGUUAUGGAUCCUUAUCAUCUUACUUAGAAGAUGAUUUGAGAAGAAGAUUUCACAUUUGGCCAUGAUGAAAUCCCAGCCAGUUUAUCAUUUAAACUGAUACAAUCCAAGAGAGAUGAUUCUAUUCGAGUAGCUCUCUUCAAUUAUUAAUUAUGAAAAGACAAAACGUGAGAACUCUUUCUCUGGUCGUUUGCACUUUCACCUAUCUUCUGGUGGGUGCCGCUGUUUUUGAUUCAUUAGAAUCAGAAACGGAGAGGAAGAGAUGGGAGUUCUUGCAAGAUAUGAGGAAUGGUUUGAUCAACAAAUACAACAUAACAAAAGAGGAUUACCGGAUGAUAGAGAUUGUGAUAACUGAAAAUAAGCCUCAUAAAGCUGGACCACAAUGGAAGUUUGCUGGAGCAUUCUACUUUGCUACAGUCGUCUUAGCUGCCAUUGGAUACGGCCACUCCACCCCCGUAACAAUAGGCGGCAAGGCGUUUUGCAUGGCCUAUGCCAUGGUGGGCAUCCCAUUAGGCCUCGUCAUGUUCCAGAGCAUAGGAGAGCGUCUCAACAAAUUCGCAUCGGUUGUCAUCAAGAGAGCCAAAGAGUUUCUGCGUUGCGCUCAAACUGAAGCGACCGAAAUUAAUCUAAUGAUGGCCAUCGGAACUCUGUCCUUUUUCAUCACCACAACGGGAGCGGCCGUCUUCUCCCGCUAUGAAGGAUGGAGCUACUUCGACAGUUUCUAUUACUGUUUUGUGACGCUGACCACUAUUGGGUUCGGCGACUAUGUUGCUCUGCAGAACGACCAAGCCCUAAUCAAGAAGCCAGGCUACGUGGCUCUGAGUCUGGUGUUCAUCCUAUUCGGGCUGGCAGUGGUGGCUGCUAGCAUCAAUUUGCUCGUGCUACGUUUCAUGACCAUGAACGCAGAAGAUGUCCGCCGUGACGACAGUGAGAUGGUUCCCGCCUCACAGCAUGUGUUGACAUUGGAGGGGGAAGAGCUCGCUCUCAAUGGAAAGAUGAUCGCAGAACGCACGGAUAGCGGUGGAGGGGGAGGAAACUAUGACUCUGAUCAGGUAUCAGUAUGCUCGUGCAACUGCCUAGGGCCGUCCAAGGGCCAUAGCCAGUUCCCGAACUUGGAGCCGAUGUACAUGUCCGCCCAAGGCGCUAAGGGCGGCGCCUAGCAGCCACUGCGACGGCUGGACUGAGUCCUGCCGUCGCCAUCACCGCUCGACGCCGCGUCGCGAUGCCAGACCGACGACCAGAUGUCUGACCGCGACGCCGACACGCUCAUAUAGAGCGCAUGCGCAUUACAGGUGGUGGCAACACAAAGCCAUUUUCGGAAGAGGCUUUGAAGACAUUUUUUUGGGUAUUUGGAAACUUUGUUCAAGUUGUUAGGAAAGACUUGAGUGGUGUAAUGGCAAGUAAAAAAUUUCAGUGAAGACUUGAAUUGAAGACAUUGGAAACUUCAUGAGGGAUUUGGUAUUGAGCUGAUCCUACUAUGUUCAAGUUGUUAUCAAAAAAUUACUUUGAAAAUUUGUCAUGAAAACCAUGUUCAAGUUGUUAGGGAAGACUUAAGUGGUAUGAUGUGUAAUAUUAUGUGAAAAUUCCCAGUAAAGAUUUUGGAUUGAGGACAUUUGAAACUUCAUGAGGGACUUUGUAUUGAGCUGAUACUAUUUAUGUUCAAGUUGUUAGGGAAGACUUGAGUUGGUGGAGUGAAAUCAUUCAUAUAUGUAAAAUGUGAUGUGUAAUAAGGUGAAAAUUCCCAGUAGAGUUUGAAUAAAAGACAUUGGAAGCUUCAUGGGGGAUUUGGUAUUGAACUAUGUUCAAGUUGUAGAAUAUUCGAGUAGCUGCAACAAAAUACUUUAUUGAAACACUAAUGACUUUGAGACAUCAGAGACGUUUUCGAGGAUUGGAUAGUGAAAAAGUGUAAGUUAUUCUAAUAGUUAAGUGAAGACUUCAGUGGUAAGGUGUGAAGUUGAAAAUCCCAGUAAAUGAUUGGAAUAAAGAGAUUCAAAACAUUUUUUGGGGUAUGAAAGAGAGAAAAUACGUUCGAGAUGACUAGUACUUGAUCCUUGAUCGAGUGGGAAGGUGUAAUGACAAGUGAAAAUUCCCAGUAAAGAUUGAAUAUAUUUUUUGGGAUUUGUUAGUGAGAAUAUCAUGAUAUGUUCAAGGCUUUAUAGUAAAGACUUGAAUGGUAAGGGUUAUGUCAAGUAGUGAAAGUUCCCAGUAGUAUGACUAAUAAUAAUUAUUAUUAUAAUAUAUUAGUAUUAUAAAUUAUAAUUAAUAUUAUUUCUCUCUGCUAGUACUCUUUCAACCAGUAAAUGUGUAAUAGUUGAUUCAUUUGAAAAUUGUAAAUAUUAAUAUGAAUAAAUAUAUGGAUAGAUGUGUUUGUGAAUAUUAAUUGUUGUGUAUUUAUAAAUGUAUUAUGAAAUGACUGGAUAUUCACUGGCCUAUAUUGUGAAUUGGUUGUAAGAGGUACUAAGUAAAAUAAUCUUCUAUGUGUACUACGGUACUAUUUUUUGAAUGAGGAUUUACUUUUAUUCAAAUCCUAAUUGAACCGUUAAGACUGAAGAAAUAUAACGGUCUCAAAAGGCACACCACAGCCUAUUAUUGGGUUUCAUUAUUUUUCAAUUGAAAAUUAUGAGCCAUUAAUUAAUUUGAAGUAAGAUGUGGAUUGAAGGAUAUCAGAAGGGAAGGUGAAAGAUUUUUGUAUAUUGGAUUAGAAGUUGGGACCGGAGCUGUUAAUAAAUUCAUGGAAUUCAUAUUUUGUAGGAUCAAAGUAUAUAGAAUGGAAAAGUUUCAAUUGAAUGUGAUUUUUUGAAUGUAUCAAGUUGAUGGGCUUUGGAUAUGACGAGUGUCAAAUUUAUAAUAAUGAUUGAUUAUUAUCAUAAUUGUUAUUAAAACAGGAAAAUUCGAUGUUUCAAAAUAGCCUCAUUUACAAGCAAUGUGAUUGGUGACCCAACAAUGUACCUAGAAUUCUAGAUACCUUGGUGGCCCGAGUUAAUGUCUGAUUGACAUAAGUAACAAAAAUAAUCUGGAAACUGGAACUAUCACCUUUCAAUACCGUACUUCACAUUACUUCUUUCCUUUUAAUGCUUAAUACUUCAUAUUUCAAUCACUUUUGAAAUAAACUCUUUCUUCUGUCUUCAUAUUAUCUCAUUACUUCAGAUUAUAGAUGUUUAGUACCAUAUAUUUCAUAUUAUGCUGCCUCAUUCGUUCCAAUGAAUUUUCGCCUUCUCAAUAGAUAUCAUUUAAAAGCUUUCUCGAUCAAAAACGUUAUCAUAAAGUUCUUGGACGAAUUACAGGCUGAGAAUCGCCUACUGCCUAAUUAAUAUAUGAUAUAUUUUAAAUUAUAGUUCAGUUAUUCGUAGCAUCAUAGAAAAUCUGUGAUUCAGACCCACUAUUGUUAUAUUUUUAAAUUAUCACGGUAUUAUUGACUAUCAUUGUAGAUAAAAAAAUGUGGAGAUUUGAUGUCAAAUAAUGUAGAAGCCUACUGUGAGCAUGUAUAUUUUAGUGUAUAGCCUACUUGCACAAUGUGUACUUAGCAUCGGAUAAUGAACAGACUUGUAAAACUUUAUAAUAAUAGCUUUUAUAUUAAUAAACCAACUCAACUGAUUUCAAAAUGUCAGAUUAUUAAUAAAUUUGAGUAAAACAUUUCAUUUUUUCAAUAUUAUUGAUUUAUGAAGCAAAUAAGAAAAGUUUUAGCAUUGAAGAUGAAAUAAUCAUCUACUGUAUUUUAUCUAAGAUACAAAGGUAAUCCCUUGAACAUGAGUUAUAACAUUGAACUUCUGUUCUACCCAAGAUUAAAUUUUGUAGUUACACAACAGAAUAUUAUCAAAUUCAUCACAUAUAAAUAUAAAUUUUGUAAUACAGCAUGCUAUUACUCACUUUAUUAUGCAACAAGGAUUUAAACUCCAAUAUUUUCUAAAUAAACUUAAGAUAUUCAAACCAAUAUUGUUGCAACUAUAUUUCUAACUCAAUGUAACUAUGUCUUUCAAUAUUAUGUAAAACUUGGAAUAAAAAUAAUGUUGUCCUAAUCUAAA